AUGCUUCAAACGGCCCACCCCCCGGCCACCAACCAGCUUCCCCCGGGUUACUACCCGCCAACGAACCUUGGGGGUCUCAAUCAACUCAUACCCAGCCUCGCAACCGACUCGGCCGCGAGUCUCCCUAACCCGCAGGCCCCACUUCCUGCCCUAGCAACACCAGCAGCACCUCCAGCAACUGUGCCAGCUGCGCUCGGCGCCGGACCCAAGGAGGCGGCCCGACACUCCAAGGAUUUGAAGGACGAUGAUGAUGAACUAUUACUUCACUCCCCCCACAAUAAAUGUGCUCCCCCGCAUCAACCUGUAGACCUUACGAACCCUCCGGAGCAUUAUUAA